UACUACUCGAGGUCUAUCUACCCUGAAAGUUUCAGGAAUUUUCGUUAGGUCGUUUCUUAGAAACGCCGGAAAGGGGGGGACCCCUUAAGAUAACUAAAUUGAAAGAUAAAUCAUUUCUUAUUCGCAUAGAAUGUUCAUGUUUUUGUCUUGAAGGUUUUAUACUUUUUUAUGUAAAAAGUUCUGACAAUUGUAUUGAUUGUUGUAUGAGUACUACUUCCACAGAACUUUGCUGACACGAGAAACAUGGGUGUAUAUGAAAUCUAUUGUAUUCUUUACAGCAUCAUAGAACAUUUGCAAUAUAGAAAAACUUCUUCAAUGUAGAAUGAUAUGCUAUCGGUUUGUUUUUCUUAUCGUUCUCAGUGUUGAAUGUAAAGAAAGGUAAAAUAUGUCAAGCUCCAGAAUGAGUUUGUUUUGGUCAAAUGAGGCUGGUCGUCUUUCUUUUCUUUUUGUCUAUUACUUUCGCCGCAGUAGGCAAACAUCUAAAUGCCAAUGGUCCUUUUGGCAAACGUCAUACAAUAGAUGAUAAACCAGAUCGUCGUCCAUGUAAAUUGCCUUCAAAAAUAAAAUCUUCUUCUACAAAUGUCUCUAUAGCAAGUUUGAAUGUAUCAUCUACGAUCUAUUCCAGUAACGAACUGAUCACAGUCACUUGGUCAUCACCAUUAACUCCAUGUUAUGAUGAUUAUAUUGGAAUAUAUUCUGUCGAGAGUCCACUUACUGCAGUUUGUGAUUAUUUCGAUAAUGAAGUUGUUAACAAAGGUCAAAGUAGUAUGUUAUGGAAAAUGAUUAAUCUUCGUCGUUCAUUAGAAUUUCGUUAUUAUUCACGUGAACAUAAUUGCUCAGCGAAUUAUUUUCUUAAUGCUAAGUCACCUGUUAUUCAACCACGGAAUUACAAUGAACCAAUGCAUGUCCAUUUAGCAUAUGGUGAUCGAAUUGAUCAAAUGUUUGUUUCUUAUUUAACUAAUUCAUCAGAAUAUACUCCUCAAUGUCAAUAUGGAUUAACUCCAUCCUCGUUAAAUUUUCAUAAAAAUGGAAGAACAACAACUUAUACAGCAUCAGAUAUGUGUGAAGGAAAAGCUAAUGAAUGGCAUCCACGAAGAUUUAUUGAUCCAGGAUAUAUGCAUACCAUUUUAUUAGAAGAUCUUCGUCCAUCAACAAAAUAUUAUUAUCGCGUUGGAACAGAUCAACAUGGUUGGUCAUCAAUUUAUUCAUUUACAAAUCGACCAGCAAAUAAAGAUGAACCAGUAUAUAUGAUUGCAUAUGGAGAUAUGGGAUUAGCACCAUAUGCACCUGGUUCUAAAUCUACAAUGGAUCGAGUUACACCACGAAUCUUAUUAACAAAUAUAACUUGUUUGUUACAUAUUGGUGAUAUUAGUUAUGCACGAGGUUUUGGUGCUCAAUGGGAUGCUUUUAUGACACAAAUCGAACCUAUAGCAGCUCGUGUACCAUAUAUGGUUGGAAUCGGGAAUCAUGAAUAUGAUCAUGUCUUAGGUGGAGAGAAUGAUCCAAGUGGUGCACCAGGUCCGGGUGGAUUUCGACCAGAAUGGGGAAAUUAUGGUUAUGAUUCAGGUGGUGAAUGUGCUGUUCCAAUGGUUCAUCGUUUUAAUGCCCCAUCAAAUGGAAAUGGUCUUUUUUGGUAUAGUUUUGAUGUAGGUCCAACACAUAUUGUUUACUAUUCAACAGAACAUGAUUUUCGUCAUACAUCUCCACAAUAUUCAUGGCUUGAACAAGAUCUUUGUUCAGUAAAUCGUUCUCGUACUCCAUGGUUAAUUGUUGGUUCACAUCGACCAAUGUAUGCAUCAGAAACAGAUGAACCUUAUGAUUUUAUUAAACUUAUGUUACAACUCUAUUUAGAACCAUUAUUUUAUAAAUAUCAUGUUGAUCUUAAUCUUUUUGCACAUAAACAUUCAUAUGAACGAACAUGUCCUAUGUUUCAACAAAAGUGUGUUGAUGAUGGUAUAACACAUAUUCUAAUUGGAAUGGCUGGACAAGACAUUGAUAAUGGAGAAUAUUCAGAUGCUGAAUGGAGUAUUUAUCAUGAUCAACAAUAUGGUUAUACUCAAUUAUGGGCUAAUAGAACAUAUUUACAUUUUUCCUAUCAUCACAAUAGUGAUGAUAAUGUUGUUGAUCAAUUUGUCCUUAAAAAAUAA